AUGCGCGACUUCGCAAUGCAAGCAAAGAUCGAGAAGAAGAAGGCCACUGAGAAGUCGGCUGACGUUGAAAUGGCCGACGCGACCAAACCCGGUCCGUCGAUCCAGAGCCUGGUGGACAAAGCUGUCGCCGGGCGCGUCAAGCCGCUUGAGGGGAAGCUGAACAAGCUCUCGGUCAAGGGCGGCAAGACCCUCAACAAGAACCUCGUCGCGAAAAAGACCAUCGCACAGGCGUCGACCAAGAAGUCGACGGGCCCCAAGCCGGGGCCUUCGAAGAAGACCACCCCCAAGCCGAGCGGCGGGAAGGACCCCAAGGGCAAGCGAAAGGCCGGUACGUAUUCGGUCGCCCUCGCACCCUUCCCGACGCCGUAUUAA